UCGGUUGCCGGGCUGUAGCCGCUCUCAUGUAGGGGAAGGCAGUGUGUGUGAGUGGACUGGGGCGGCUUCCCUCGAGCAAGCGGAGUUAGCGUUGCCGGGAUGAGAAAGAGGAACGAGUCCGUUACGUUGGAGCAUGAGCGCUUUGCCACUUCGGCACCGGCUGCCGCUUCCUCUCCUUCCCAAUCCACGCAGUUGGACAAGGGCUUCAGCCUGAGACCGAGCCUGCGUCUGCCUGGCAGCGCCCACCCCGCCGGAGACUCCGGCAUGAAGCGACCGCUUGGCAGGAGACAUGGAAUGUGGUUUCGAUUGCGGAAGCUAGUAAUCUGGUUGUUGGGAGUAUACAUAGCCAUUCCAUUUAUAGUAAAACUUUGUCCUGGUGUUCAGGCAAAGCUCAUCUUCCUAAAUUUUGUGAGGGCACCCUACUUCAUUGACUUGAAAAGGCCCCAGGAUCAAGGUUUAAACCACACCUGUAACUACUACCUACAGCCAGAGGAGGGUGUAACAAUUGGAGUCUGGCACACAGUUCCUGCAGGUUUGUGGAAGGAUGCUCAAGGAAAGGACCAACCAUGGUAUGAGGAUGCAUUGGGUUCUAGUAGCCCUGUAAUCCUGUACUUGCAUGGAAAUGGAGGUACAAGAGGAGGGGAACACCGUGUGGAACUUUACAAGGUUCUGAGUUCUUUUGGUUACCAUGUAGUCACAUUUGAUUAUCGAGGCUGGGGAGACUCAGUAGGCAGUCCUUCAGAAAGCGGACUGACUUAUGAUGCUCUUCAUGUUUUUGACUGGAUAAAAGCACGAAGUGGAGACAAUCCAGUUUAUAUAUGGGGGCACUCCUUGGGCACUGGAGUUGCAACCAACCUAGUGAGGCGUCUCUGCGAAAGAGAAACUCCUCCAGAUGCUCUGAUACUAGAGUCCCCUUUUACAAAUAUACGUGAGGAAGCAAGAAGCCAUCCCUUUUCAGUGAUAUAUAGAUACUUCCCAGGAUUUGAUUGGUUUUUCCUUGACCCGAUCACCUCUAGUGGAAUUAAAUUUGCAAAUGAUGAAAAUGUGAAGCAUAUUUCAUGCUCUCUGCUUAUUCUUCAUGCUGAAGAUGAUCCAGUUGUGCCGUUUCAUCUUGGAAAGAAGCUCUACAAUAUUGCUGCCCCAUCUCGGAAUUUCCGUGAUCACAAAGUGCAGUUCAUUCCAUUUCAUACAGACCUAGGCUACAGGCAUAAAUAUAUCUACAAGAGUCCAGAACUACCUCGAAUAUUACGGGAAUUCCUGGGAAAAAUUGAACAUGAGCAUCAUCGUCACUGAAGAGAUACCUGCAUGCUUUUACUUAAAAGAACAAGGACAAGUCAACCAAAUGCAUCUGAAUAAUUCAAGCACAAGAAAGACAUGGCAAAAUCCAUGAACAUUUGUGAACUUUCCUACAGAGGCAAGUUGUACUGUGCACUUCUUUAGAAGAAGAAACCUUCUGGAAUGCAAAUGGGGUGUGAUUUAUCUACAAGAAUAUAACUUAAUCUUUCCAUGGUGCAUCUCUUGUACCUGUACUACAGGCUCUUUCAGUAGAAUUUAGUUCUAUGAGUUGUUUGUUUGUUUGUUGUGGAAUCAUUGAAUUUGGGAAUUCCUGAAAAUGACAAGUAGUACUGGUUCUUAAAUAGGCUUGAGAAAUUUCUGCGAUCAGGAGCGUUGCAAGAAAACAUUUCAAAAUGAAAUGAAGGAUGUUUAAAAUGAGGCAACUAUUUAAAAGGGAUAAUUUGUGAUAAAGUGUCCCUUUCUCCACUGCCAUGGUUUCAGGUUUCAAAGCUCUUUCCCCUAUAUUGAUUGUAAGCAUCUUAAUUACACCUCAUAAGCAGACACAUCCUUAGGGAGAUUGUCUUUCCUCAUCUCUAAACAGUUUUUGCUAGAUAAACAGGCCUCAAGUGAUGUAAAAUGUGUUGAUUGUGAAUUAUGGAAUCAAUUAUUUUGAAGGACAGUUUCUUUUGUUUUGCUUCUUGCAAAGAGAAGGGUAGAAUGAUAAAAGAAUUCAUUUUACCACUGCAGUGAAGAUGUCUUCCAGUCUCCUCUAAUCAGAGACGCCUAUAAGCACUUUGGGAGUGAGAAAAUUGGUAUCCAUCCUUAGUAAACACACAUACCAUUUGCUAAAAAAUACUCAGGUGCAUUAGAGGUGAUCAAAAGUUUUCGGCUAUUCUAAAUACAAGAGAUUCAACAUAAAAAUGAAACCACCUAACUUGAGAUGUUUUUGUGUUUUUCAUUGGCAAUAAACAGGUUUUCUCCUUCAGUACAUUCUGAAUAGUGCAAAUACUAACAGUUUAAGAAAAAAUAUAAGAAACCCCAAACUUUAUCCAAAUCAACCAAAGGUACUGACAGCUAAACUCUUUUUACUAACAACGCCUUAUCCUUGUUCCAUAACACUAUUUUAUUUCUGCUUAAAAGUUGACCACUGGCUUUGUUUUUGUCUCUUAUGUAAGAACUGAAGAUACAUGAAGACUCCUGACCAGCCUUGAAUGUCUUCCUCCAUUGGCACAGGUCAGGCAUAAAGAAAGGCAACUAUUAGUUUAGAAAGCCAUCAUUGCUGUCCUCCCAAGUUAGCAGGCAGCUAAUAUAACUACUGACCAGUACUCAAUCUACUUUUCUUGUUCCCCACCUUGAUUUGCCUUGGCCAGACUUCUCCCAUACCUCACGAGAUUGACCAUAGUCUCAUUGGGACUGCUGGAGACUAUUUUUGGCAAUCAUGAAAUGGAUACCUUUGUGACAAGAGUCUGCAGGCCCUGGGCAGGUGGCGUUAUUACUUAAGCAAUAUCUGUAACUUCUAGCUUGUCCAAUGCAUUACGUUUACUGAUUAUUUUUUAAUAAAAAUACUUUUGCCCAUAUAAAUUGGAAAUAUCUAUAUUGCUUAAUGACGCGUGGAGAUAGCUGAAGAUGAUGCAAAGCUAGUCCUUGGUUCACCCACCGUAUGGCUUUUAGGUUGCCAUGGUUCUGCUAUCCUCCCCUCUGCCACAGCUCCCACAAAGCUAGACAAUACUCUCCCUGUGCUGCGUUCAGGAUUCUGAGUCACUACUCAUGCAGGCAUGGCGUGGCAGACAGUUGGAAGCACUGCAAGUAGGAGUGAGUGAUAUUGAUGAAUUACAGCCGUUGUAGCUGUUGGGCCCAAGCAGGUGGCUUUCAUUAGCCCCGGAUUCACUGUGGAAAUGGCCCCGAAGUGUGCUGUUCCCCAAAUGUGCAAUAUCAAGCAUAGUAGUCUUAGGCACUUGUGUACAGAAGUGAAUUCUCCAGCCUUACGUACCUGGAGGGUGCUGUUUGCUAAUAGCAUCUGUAUACGGAAUACUCAGUUUCGCAUGCAUCAGAAGUCUCUUACCUUACAGAUUUGUCGUAAUUGCAAAGCAGACAGUAGCUUGUUCUUUGCUUUGGGGUUUCCUGCUGUAGUGAAGUCAACUAAGAUUUUAAUUCAUGAUAAUUCCGUGUCCUCCCCCCCCCCCAAGCUUGUUUAGUGCAUUGACAAGGACAGAAAUUCUUGACUUUUUGCUGAAACAAUUGGUACAUUCUGUCUUGCUGCUGCUACUGUGUCACUUUGGUGAUGAUAAAAGUACAAACUGAUGUGGAAAUGUUAACUUCUCCCGUGCAAAAAAAAAAAAGAUUCCAAAGCAUGUACCAGUGCUGUUUAUUCCAACACACUCCAAUUAUUAAGCCAGUAACAUGCAUUGAAAUGGAAA